AUGAUGGCGGCCCCUGGGCAACCAGUGCCAAAUACAGCGCACGCAGUGAGUGUAUCCUUGCCGACGUGGAAAGCAAACAUUGGCUACGAAGAAGGCGAAGAUUGGAUUGUGUCGAAGAUGCAAUCGGGCUACCCCAGAUUCUUCAUCAACCUGAUCAUACAAGAACUGGAACAGGAAGUUCUGAAGCUUCAUGGCAGACACGGCGAGAGAGCCAUGCUGUUUCCUUCCCUUGCCACCGCAAAGAGGUGUCAAAAGUUCUUCUACGACAAAGUCGAAGGUCUCGGAGCUGGCCUGGUGCAUAUACUGCAACUAGAGCCGGUCAACCAAGGCAAAAACCAUGAGACCACGUUUUCCUCGUUAUUCUGCGUACUCUUCCCCAAGGACUACUUCGGCGUGGCGAAACAGGUGUGGCAGCAUACCGGGGACGGUAUCUCCAGCCGGCGGGGAGAAUUCUGCCUGAAAGCCCUGAAGGAUGGAAUCCUGCAGCCGGUCACCACUCAGUCGAAAGCAAAGACAGAUGACGUGUACUCGAAAGGACCCCGAAGAUACCAGAAAGCUUCGCAGAACGGUAUAAUUCACGGUGUCACUUCUCCCACCGAAACCCCGCAACCACCAAAUGGGUCGGUUGACGUCUCAGAAAAAGAUUUCUCUCAGUUCGUGGAGGAGCGGUUUGGCCGGAACCUCAACAUCAAGCUGGCCUCACAGGCCAAACUCGCGAUUCGACGCAGGAUAAGUGGAUGCUUGACGGAGAAUUCCGAGCUGGAACAAGCCCUCGCGGCGUCGCCCAGCGACUGCAACAAGCGACAGCAGGGACUAUCAGAGGACGACGUGUACCUGUAUCCGACCGGGAUGUCGUCGAUCUUCAACGCCCACCGAAUUCUCAUGGCGAACGCGGCCGCCCACGGCCGUGAGCCGCGCAAGAGCAUCUGUUUUGGCUUUCCCUACGUCGACACGCUCAAGAUCCUACAAAAGUGGGGGCCGGGCUGCCAGUUUUACGGCCUAGGGAGUUCAGCAUGUCUCGACGACCUCGAGCGCCGGCUGGAAUCCGGCGAGCGGUUCUUGGGGCUGUUCUCCGAGUUCCCCAGCAACCCGCUGCUCAACUCGCCCGACCUCCUUCGCAUUCGCAAACUGGCCGACAAAUACGACUUUGCUGUCGUCAUCGACGAGACGGUCGGCAACUUUACCAACAUCGAGGUCCUUCGCCACGCGGACAUCGUGGUCAGCAGCUUGACGAAGGUGUUUAGCGGCGACAGCAACGUCAUGGGCGGCAGCGCCGUGCUCAACCCGCAGAGUCAACUGUACGGCGAGCUCAAACAGACGCUCGACACCGAGUACGAGGACAACUACUGGGCCGAGGAUGCCGUCUUCAUGGAGCGGAACUCCAGAAACUUCAUCUACCGGUCCGAGAGAAUCAACAUCAACACGGAGGCCCUGGUCGAUCUGCUUCGAUCGUGUCCGUUCGUCAAGCAGGUCUACUACCCGAAAUUCAGCCCGACUCGAGCAAACUACGACGCGUGCCGCGCGCCGAACGGCGGGUAUGGCGGACUGCUCUCUGUCACGUUCCAGAGAUACGAGCAGGCGGUUGCAUUCUUUGACGCGCUUGAAUGUCAAAAGGGGCCCAGCCUGGGGACAAACUUCACGCUCGCGUGCCCGUUCACCAUUCUUGCGCAUUACACUGAAUUGGCUUGGGCCGCAGAAUCAGGCGUAGAAGCGGACCUGGUCCGAUUGAGUGUUGGAUUGGAGGACACCAACGGUUUGCUUGCGCGAUUUGAAAGAGCGUUGAAGGCUGCGGAGAAUGCGAAGGCGGAAUGA